AUGACAUUGUUAUUAAGCAAAAUUUUCAUAGUUUCACAUAUUUUAGCAAUUGUUUUUUGUAAUAAAAGUCACAAUGUUACAAAAAGAGCCCUACUAUUUCCAAGAAAUACAGUUUUACAAUUUACAUAUGGAUUAAGUGUACCAUUGGUUUUACCCAGAAGAUCAAUAAAUUUAAGUCUAUGCGCUCAGGUUAACUACAAUGAACCCAGUCAAUUAUCUGCGCUACACACUAAGGUUAUAUCGGCUAGAGAAAAAUCAAAUUUCGACAUAUCCAGAGAGUUUUUUUACAAAUACAUUAUGGCGUUUUUAGAUAGUUUUGGUAUCAAUGGAGAAGAAUGUCUUUUGAGGACAAUAUGUGAAAUCUCAGAAUGUCCAAUGCACGCAACCGACUCAAAUUUGUUGGAAAAAAUAGUUCAUUUCAUGUUUACUCCAUCCCUGGAAAUCGAUACCCAAACUUCAAAUAUAACAAAAUCAAAUUUAAAUUUCGAAGAAAAGCUGAUAUUGGCGGAAAAAAUCGGCAAAAACAAAGGCAGUUGCGACAAAGAAUAUUCAGAAUGCGUUAUAUCUCUAGUAGAUUUAUUUACUUCAAAAUAUAUAGUUUAA